AUGCAUACAACAACAUCAGAUCAAAAUCAAAAAUUAGUCCAUACAAAUAAUCAUCAAAUUAAAAAUGAACAGAAACAACAACUUCAUGAUUAUAGUAAUCAUCACUAUCAUAAACUACAUUCACAUCAUCAUGAACAUGUUCAAAAUAAUAUUGUUAAAAGUGAACCACAGCAUGAUUAUUCAGAUAUCAAUUCAUUUCAUGUUGGUCGUCGACGUAAACCAAAUUUUACUGAUCAAGAAGUUGUGUUUAUCAUUGAUCAAUACGAUACGUAUAAACAAUUAUUACAUUCCCGAGAAGCAUCGAAAAGUGUCAUUGCACAAAAACAAGCAAUUUGGAAACAAAUAACAGAAAAUUUAAAUCAACAAUAUCCACAAGUUGAACGAAGUGUUGAAGAUGUAAGGCGAAAAUGGAAAAAAUUACAGAGUGAAGCUAAGAGAGAAGCAACAGUUUAUAGUCAAUCAGGACAAACAACAAGUGCUAAUACGGGAAAACAAAUUCAUUUAUAUAACAGAAUAUUACAAAUAUGUCGAGCACCAUCAGCACAUUAUCCAUUACAACAAAUACCAAACACAGAAACAUUUGAACAGUCAUCAAAUCCCUCCUCGUAUAAUCAUCAGAUAUCUCCACAAUCAGAUACUGCAGUUCAGCAAUCUCCAUCAAGUUUAAAUGAACAAAAUCAUGAUGAAAAUGCCAAUAUCGGCGGUGAUAAUCACUAUGAUCAGGAAAAUUCAAAUAACUUUGGUUAUGCUCAACCUAUUCCACUUUUAACAACAACAACAACAACAUCAACUCCAUUAAUCACAACGUCAUCGUCGUUAGCUAACAAUCAAGGACAAAAUUCAACACAUGAAAAUUCGAAUCAUUACAGUCAUCCACAUUCAUACGGCGGGUCUGUAUCGAAACGUACAAUGGAUAAACGUCGUCGUAUGAUCAAUGCUCAAACAAACGACAAACCAGCAGCCAUUCAAACAUUACCGAAUGUGUCAACACAACCGUGGAUACUACCAACUACUACAUAUCUACAACAACAAACACAAUUACGUUUUGAAUCAUUACAAAAACGCAAACGUACAAUUGAUUUAACUAAUCAACGUUUAAUCAAUAAUAAAGAACGUUUACUUAUUGAACGAAAAAAUAUUGAUAUUAAAUUACAACAGAACGAAUGUGAAUAUGAACGUUUAAAUAUUGAGAAAAGACGAACAGAAUUAGCUCUACAAAAAUUACAACAACAAACAACAACAAAUGGGAAUACACCUUCACAUUCUUAUUUUCCAUGUCAACAAACGAGUAGUGGGAGUAGUGGUCAACAACUAACAUCCGAUAUUGAUGAAGAUAGUAUGGCUGAUGAUAUGAGUGAUUUAAAUGAAUAA